AGCAGAGCCGGGAGCCUGGGCUCGGAGUGAGGCGCAGCGGACGCGGUGGCAACAAGUGCGGGAGGAGAAACGAGCCGGAGCCGUCCCCACUGCCCGCACCGCCGGGCCGCCAGUCCCGAGCGCCGCGCAUGGGGCGUGAGAGGCGGCGGUCUCCGGGCUGAGCCGCGCGGAGCGGCCGGGACGUGGAUGCGGCCGCGAUCUCCCGCCCCUGCCCCCGCCCAGCGGAGCUGGAACUGCUCCUGGACAAGAUAUGAGAAAUGAGUGUUGGACGUCGAAGAAUAAAAUUGUUGGGUAUCCUGAUGAUGGCAAAUGUCUUCAUUUAUUUGAUUGUGGAAGUCUCCAAAAGCAGUAGCCAAGAAAAAAAUGGAAAAGGAGAAGUAAUAAUACCCAAAGAGAAGUUCUGGAAGAUAUCUACCCCUCCCCAGGCAUACUGGAACAGAGAACAAGAGAAGCUGAACAGGCAGUACAAUCCCAUCUUGAGCAUGUUGCCCAACCAGACAGGGGAAGUGUAUGGAUUUUCCAACAUAAGCCAUCUGAAUUACUGUGAACCUGACCAGAGGGUCACGUCCGUUGUUACAGGUUUUAACAAUCUGCCGGACAGAUUUAAAGACUUUCUGCUGUAUUUGAGAUGCCGCAACUAUUCAGUGCUUAUAGAUCAGCCGCAUAAGUGUGCAAAGAAACCAUUCUUACUGCUGGCGAUUAAGUCCCUCACUGCACAUUUUGCCAGGAGGCAAGCAAUUAGGGAGUCCUGGGGCAAAGAAAGCAACGUGGGAAACCAAACAGUGGUGCGCGUCUUCUUACUGGGCCAGACUCCCCCAGAAGACAACCACCCUGACCUUUCAGAUAUGCUGAAAUUUGAGAGUGAGAAGCACCAAGACAUUCUUAUGUGGAGCUACAGAGACACUUUCUUCAACUUGUCUCUGAAGGAAGUGCUGUUUCUCAGGUGGGUAAGUACUUCCUGUCCAGACGCUGAGUUCAUCUUCAAGGGCGAUGAUGAUGUGUUUGUGAACACCCAUCACAUCCUGAAUUACUUGAAUAGCUUAUCUAAGAACAAAGCCAAAGAUUUGUUCAUAGGUGAUGUGAUCCACAAUGCUGGACCCCACCGGGAUAAGAAACUGAAGUACUACAUCCCGGAAGUUGUUUACUCUGGUGUCUACCCACCCUAUGCUGGGGGAGGGGGAUUCCUCUACUCCGGCCACCUGGCCCUGAGGCUGUACAAUGUCACCGACCGGGUCCACCUCUAC